AUGUCUAUGAAAGGUGUGUGUGUGUUUGGUGUUUGUGUAGGAUUUAAAACAAUACCAACAUCUUGUUCAAUCGUAGGGUGCGGGUGGAAGGUGAAUCAAAAUGGACUGUUAUUAGUAUGAUGUAUUUGGUGUUGUGGUGCGUUUUGGCGACAUGGUGUUCAAGAGCGUUCGCUGCCGAAAAUUGCGGAGGCCAUUUGACUGCUGAGAGAGGUGUGAUUCAGACGCCCGAUUUCCCCCGUCCGUUCCGUGUUCCGAUCGCCUGCCGAUGGGUGAUCGACUCAUCUCUUCAGCCUCGGCCGUCGUCCAUCGUGGUCUAUCUGACACAACUGUUUGUCACGACGGGCAUCUCGUUCACGGAGUACGCUUAUUACGAGGCGGACUCAACGUUCCAGCUGGAGCCUAAGGUGCUGAUGACGGUAAACGACGAGAAUGCGGCCCUUGUCUCGACCGUCUCCACCAGCAGGAACUUCCUCGUCAUCGAGUUCGCGAUGGACAGGCUCGAAGGAAAUCACCUGAGGGCUUUGGACGGCCUCCUCGACGUGUAUGGUCUCAACAUCACGUACAACAUGCACGUCGGUUCGGGAAAGAUACCAGAUUACUCUUGCACUGCGGCCAAAUGUUCUCUUUUAGGCCACUGUUACGCUGCCAUCGAUUUUUCGAGUUUCUGGUGUUCCUGUUUCCCUGGGUUUUCCGGCCCGAACUGCAGAGAAGGACCCCUCUGUCUGCCGGACACAAACAUCUGCCAAAAUAAUGCCUCAUGCCGGCAGCUGGGGGCGAACGACGCCGUCUGCGAGUGUCUCCCUGGUUACACGGGUUUGCAAUGUCACCGUCGUCUUCCUCCUUCAGACUGUAAGGAUGAAGCCAAAUGUACGAAACAAUGUCGGUACGACGUCUCAAAGGAAAAUUAUUGCUCUUGUGAAAGAUAUGGAGCAACAGUUGCCCAAGAUAUGUCGCAUUUUGAGUGUACGAUAAGGCUAGUGAACAUUUCCAAUAUCGGAGAUUCUACCAGACCCCUUGAAAUUAAACUUCAAAAACAGCUUGUGAAGUAUUUGAAAGGCGCAAACUUGCACAAACUAGAAGACGCCAAAGUUCUCAACAUUACGUCAGGGGGCGAAGUGAGAUUUCAUUUCGUCAGUUCGAAGGACUCUGGUUCGAGAGUGAGGGAAAUGCUGAUGCAGAUGGUGGAAAAGGCCCGACUAGGAAAUUUCACGCUGAACCCGACUCAGUUUUCUUUCAACCAAGAACCGACCCUCUUGCUCCAGGACGUGACUUUGAAUCGAAAAGAUUCUAAAGUCAGAGUCGGCGAGAGUUUUCGUUUUACAUGUCACGCCCAGGGUUCGUCGAGAAUUCAGUUCCGUUGGUUCAAAGACGGUGCUCCUGUUAACGGAUCCAUUGCUAUCAGAAACAUAUCCGUCACGACGGGCCCCGAGGACACUUCGGAGCGGCGUAAGUCUUUCCUUCUAGUCUCGAACGCCCAUCCACUUGACGAAGGCGACUACACAUGCCAGGUAUUCGAUUGGGGCGUGCAGCAAUGCAAAUCCGUCCGACUUUCCGUGAUACAGCCACUGCAGGUGAAAGUAUCUCCCAUGAGUUCAACUGUUCAAAAGGGAAGCAACCUGACCAUGCGUUGCUUUACGUCUAACAAGCCUGGGAGAAGGAAACUGGGUUAUAAUUGGACGAAGAACAAAGCCCUCUUUCCGAUGGUGCCUGGACUGAUUUUCUGGGAAGACCUAUAUCCAGACGGUUCCAUACUGAAACUCCGUAACAUUCAGAAAGGUGGAGUGUACACCUGCCAAGCUGCAGACGGCGUGUGGUCCGGAGAGGCGUCAGGACGUCUCGACGUUCUCGAUAGACUUUUGGUCGGGUCGCGAUGCCCGGCCGAAGGACCUUGGCCUCCGGCAAGUCCUGGACUCCAGGCCCAGGCACAGUGCCCUAGGGGAUACACGGGUAUCGCUACCAGGCUGUGUUUGCUUAUAGAGCCGGGGAAAGGCAGGUGGCAGGUCCCAGAUUUUUCCAAAUGCGUUUCUCACCACACCACCACUAUCACAAAUAACUUUAUUCGAUUGACGUUGGGUUACGAAGGAACAACGGCGAGGGCGACCGUGUUCGAGAUAGCCUCGUGGCUCGGCGGCAGGACUAAAGUACACCCAGGAGAAGCGGAGCCGUUGGUUUCCCUCCUGGCAAAUGUUCUUGAUUACCUCAACACGACUAAGGAUAUGCCAGAGCUGGUUAACACAACGCCCAACUUCAUAACAGCCGUCAGCUCCCUAUUGCUCAGGAACGCGUCGAUAAUUAAUCAGCAG